AGCUGCAGCUGCAUUGUGAUGUUGUUCCAUCUUUCCUUGUCCAUUUGAUUAUCGACUUCGUCCAGGGAAGACUGGACUGCACACGAUGGGUCUCGCAGGACAGAAAAUCCGUCGCAAACUUCAACAAGACCCAAACAAUACAAAAUGGACUCGCGACACGACGACGUUUGGCCAGAAAAUCCUUCGAGCACACGGCUGGGAGCCAGGUCAAUAUCUGGGUGUGCAGAAUGCGUCGCAUGCAGAUCACCACACUGCUGCGAGCGCAGCACCCAUUAAAAUCCUGCUCAAAGAUGAUAAUCUAGGUCUUGGGGCCAAGGUCCUCCAGAAGCAGAACGCCGAGUGCACUGGUUUGGAUGGUUUCAAGGAUCUGCUCGGGCGUCUCAAUGGCAAGUCAGACGAGACUAUUCAAAAGGAGAGACAAGUACGGUCUGAAUUCAAGACGAACCUCUACAUGAAUCGGAAAUUCGGACCCAUGCGUUUUGUCCCAGGUGGAUUGUUGGUGGGGGAUAAGCUCACCGACCUGAUGAAGAAGAAUCCUGCAGACAAGGUUCCAGAGUCAAUAUCUGCUGACACGGCUGCACCAGCCACUGGGGACGAUACAACAGCAGAGCCUAAGAAAGAGAAGAAGUCCAAGAAACGGCGCGCUGAGGAGGCAGAUGGUUUCGAUGCGUCGGACGAGAAACGGGAGAAGAAGAAGAAGAAGCGGUCGAAGGGUAACCCGGAUUCUGAGGGUACAACAAGCGAGUCAGCCUCGGACGGUCUUAAGAAGACAAAGAAGAGCAAGGACAAGAAACACAAGAAGUCAGAGGCCAAUGAUGAAGCAAUGGUUGAACCUGGAUCAAAAAGCAAGAAGAGUACAAAGGCGAAACGCGAGAGCCCCGAAGACUACGGUAAAGUCGACCUUGAAGGCGAAGAGAAAAGAGCCAAGAAGGAUAAGAAAAAGCAGAAGAAGAAGCAUGUGGACUUGGAGAAAACAGCAGAAACCGAAUCUUCGAUAACGCAAUUAGUGGUUACCACGCCUCAAGCAAGCGGAGCGUCGACUCCGCAGCCCAUGUCAGCCCGACAUUACGCUCGUUCGCGUAAUAUAGCUUCCAAGAGACUUGCGAUGGCCGAUAUGGCGGCCUUAAACCAGAUUUUCAUGGUUAAGCCGGUUUGAUUUGGUCAGCUUAGAGACUAUUAGAACUAAGAUACCCGAAUAAACAAAUUUCAGUGCUAAUGGCCUAUCGUGGCGUACACAUGCAACCAAAACGAUCUGUUCGCCAGUUAAAUGUCAUGCAUUA